GCCGAGAACGCGAAGGGAGGUUUCUGUGUCAGCAACAGUUGACAGCACGAGAAGAAAGCGCAAGGAGGAUGGCGACAGGUGACGCCGGUUCGGGCAAGGCCGUUCACCUCAAUAUCUACGUCGCUCGCGACAGCGGGUCAGUGGUGCCCCUCCAGUUCGACUUCGACUACCUCAGCCCUGACAUCGAUGAAGCCAAGAAAGAGGAGCGCGUCCAGCAGGUGCUGGAAGACCUCAAGGAGGCGGUCAUGGACGCCUGCAAGUGCCUUUCGCUCUCGGCCUUCCAUCCCGGCACAUCAGCCAUCCGUCUGAGGGGCAGCGAUGCACUCCAAUACGAGCUCACCAACACGCAGACUUUCGGCAAAACACUUCGCGAGCUCCUCACCCCGCCCUCGCCCACGGAGGCGGUUCUCGCAGCGGCCCUCUCAACGGAUGCAUCACCGGCGCACAGACGCCCCCCAUGCGACUACUACGUCGACUUCGGUGACGAGUCAUGGCGGGCGGCGCUUGAGAAGAGGAGCCAGAUCAAGAAGGACGAUCAGGCCCUGCGCAAGAUGAUGGAGAAGACACCUUUACCCAGUCCAAGUCCAGGGAAUGGUGGUGCGGCGGCCAGCAGCGGGUCAGGAGAGAGGCUGUCGGGAGCAGGGCAGCCUGCGAAAGAAGUGGCGUUCGCGUCGCCUGCCAGGACGCCCAAGUCUGCCGCUGCUGCGGCCACUGCCGACCAGUCGAUACCAAGGAUGGUGAGUGAGGAUCUGCUGCCGCAGGGGAUCGAGCUGCCAGAUUACGUAGUGAAGGUGAGCCAGGGAGGCGUGUCGGAGGGACAGAUACGUGUGUGCGCAUUGAUCCUUGGUCGUUGGUCGUGGGUGUGUAGACCAAGGCUGAUUUGCUUAAGUACAACUAUCAGCCGUCGGUGUUCGGCUGCUCAAUUCCCAAGGUAUGUGCGCACCGCACCCAAACACUGACUGACAUGACACAGGUCAGUCAUUGCAGUCGUUCGUGGGGGUGUGUCCUGUCUGCUUCAGGCUGUCAAGGAUCACGAGAAGAAGAGGUUGGAGGACGCUGAGUGGAUCAAACCGAGACUACUCAGGUAUACACAGGAAAGGAAAAGCACAACCAACGCGCCGAAGCGCACUUCACUUCACUUCAAGUGCCCUCCCUCUUUUGCCUCCAUGCAGUGGUUUGAGUUUCAGCAAGUGCAGCGCCAAGCACCCGCAGCGAAUCGAGCCGCGGAAGCUGCUGGCCAAUCCAAACUACACGCAAAUCACCAUCGAGGGCGGCAGGAGGGUCCGCACCAUACCCAUUCACGAGGUGCUCUCAAUUCACCUCGGUAGGUACGCCAGUGAGUGCGGGAGAGAGCGGGGCCGGCCCGCAGAAUGAAUGCAGACUUGACUUUGCUGCUCCCUCCCAUAUAUCUAUCCUGUGUGUGGUGUGUGUGGGGUGGGGUGUGUAUCAGGGAAGGCCUCUCCUGAGCUGCAAAAGAACCAAGUGAACGUGCCCGAAACGCACUGCCUCUGUCUGCACCUGCACAAACGGUACAGACAUACAGACAGACAGACAGACACAUACACACGCGAUGAGAGAGCACACGCCCUUGUGUUCAUUCACGAGCCACCACAUCACAUAUGCGCAUCGCAUUCGUGGCUCACUCACAUGACAUGUGUGGUCAUCACACAGGUACCUAUCGAUGCUCUUCGGCACACCGGAUGACCGCAACCGCACAGCCCAGGGCAUUGCCAAGCUGGUCAAGGUGCCCCUCUACGGCUAUGAUGGCAAUGAGUGCAUCCUGGACACCAGCGCCAUGGCCUGCCCGGACCCCUGCGUGGCCAUGGCCAACAACGGGGGUGUGGUGGUGCCACCAGCGAUGCCUGUGGUGGUGCCGGGCCCGCAGCAGCCGAACGUGUGAGCGAGAGCCCACCACAAGUUAAUGAGGUGGCUGCUUGAGUUAAUGGUCCGUGCCUGUGUCGACAGAGACUGUAACUUCUCGUC